UCGACUCAGCAUCAGCACGCGAGCGUUGACUUGACUCAUUCGGUUUUCGGCCGGCAACAUGGCGCCAGUGUGCUUACUACGGACUAGUGGUGUGUUUUUAUUAUUAUUUUUAAUAACAUACACGUGCGCUGUGUCGCCACCAUGGAUAUUUUCCGUGCAUAUCAAUUCGGUAUCGUGUUCCGAUAAAUGUGUUUAUAAUUUGAAUGUGAGUGGAGAAUUUGUUGAGUGGUCGUUAACCUCCACGCCGGGCCGACGAGGAGAGCUAUGUAAAGAUAAUUUAAUCCAAAAAACAUCUGUGUCCGACGUUAUUAUUGAAGUGCCGCCUGGAAAGUUUUAUUUCUGUGCAAAUUCUGGCAAUGGCUGGAGACAUGAGGGUGUAUUUUUGGAUGGCAGUGACGUCAUCGAAUACGCGAGAUCCAAUGAAGAAGACAAAGAACUUCAAGAAGAAAAGAAAAGAGAAUUUAAAGACCUAAAUGAAAACAUGAUUGAAGAUCUAGAUGGUAAUAUAGCCGAAGAUCUCUUGAACGAUAUAAAAGUGAACACGGGAGAAGAAUUUUACGAUAUCAUAGUUGAGAAACUGCCUUAUUUACCACACAAAAUUGAGAGACUAAGGAACAAAAGACAAAUUGAGAAUGCUACCGAGGAGAAAAUCGAUGAUAUUCAAGAAGUUAAUGAUACGGCCGUAGAAACGAAAUCAGCUCCUCCAAAAGUGAUAGUGUAUAGUACAAUUAAAGUGUUAGGUUUGAGAAUAGAAGAGGCUGAUAAGGAACCGAAAUUGGUCGAGGAGAUGAUACCCAGUGUUUUGGCUAACACGAAGUUCACAAUGAGGGUGUUUGGGGAGGGUCUUACGGAUGAUACUGUCUUUGCAUUCACCCACGUACCUCAGAGAUUUGGGUCGCCGUGUAAUCGAUUGCUCACUGGAGAGUUCAAGGUCAACUAUACUGAAGGCGAAUCGGCUGUUCUCAUAAUGAAAGCCCCGCCGCCAUUGGAAGACAGCAAAUUCUACUUGUGCGCUAAAAACAAAAGUUCCGACCAAGAAUUCGUCCACCAAGGCGAAGAAAAAUGGAAAGUUCUGUCCACACAUAACAAACUCUUACCCCUGUGGGCGUCUCUCAUCCUGAUCGUCAUACUCCUAAUGUUAGCCUCCCUAUUCUCCGGACUGAAUUUAGGACUAAUGGCUUUGGACAGGACCGAAUUGAAGAUUAUAGCAAACACAGGAACGGAGAAGGAGAGGAAGUACGCAAGAGCUAUUAUGCCAGUGAGAGCGCAUGGCAACUAUCUUCUUUGUACUAUUUUGUUGAGCAACGUAGCUGUGAACAGCACUUUCACUGUGAUCCUGGAUGACCUGACCUCUGGCCUUGUGGCUGUGAUAGGUUCCACGCUGGCUAUAGUGUUCAUAGCUGAGAUAACUCCGCAGGCGAUAUGCGCCCGCCACGGAUUGCUGAUUGGCGCUAAAAGUAUAUGGAUUAUGAAGAUCGUGAUGGGUAUAUGUGCGCCAUUAGCCUGGCCGACGAGCAAGCUCCUAGAUUAUUUCCUAGGAGAAGAGAUAGGCACACACUACAACAGGGAGAGGCUGAAGGAGUUGGUCAAGGUAACCAACCACGUGAACGACUUGGACAAGGAGGAGGUGAACAUCAUAUCCGGCGCCCUGGACCUUCGCAAGAAGACGGUCAGAGACGUGAUGACCAAGCUGAAGGACUGCUUCAUGCUGCCCAUGAACAGCGUUCUGGAUUUCGAGACCAUGACUGAGAUCGUUAAAUCUGGUUAUUCCCGCAUCCCAGUAUACGAGGGACACCGAGGGAACAUAGUCACAGUAUUAUUCAUCAAGGAUUUGGCGUUUGUGGAUCCUGAUGAUAACACACCGCUGAAGACCCUUUGUCAGUAUUACCAGAACCCUUGCAACUUCGUGUUUGAGGAUGUCACUUUGGAUGUGAUGUUAAAACAGUUCAAAGAAGGUCACAAAGGUCACAUGGCCUUUGUACAGCGCAUAGAAGAAGGGGACGGUGACCCCGUGUAUGAGACCGUUGGCCUGGUGACCUUGGAGGACGUCAUCGAGGAGAUGAUCCAGGCUGAAAUCGUGGAUGAAUCCGACGUAAUCAGCGACAAUCGUACCAAGAAACGCCUCACCCGCCCAGUGAACAAGUUCCAAGACCUGGCCGCCUUCGCCGGUCACCAUCACAGCCAGAGGGUCCACGUGUCGCCUCAGCUCAUCCUGGCUACCUUCCAGUUCUUGAACACCAGUGUGGAGCCGUUCCGACCGGACCUGGUCUCGGAGACGGUGCUUCGUCGUCUACUCAAGCAAGAUGUGAUCCAGCACAUCAAGUUGAGGGGAGACGAGGACAAGAACGACCCAAAACGAUACGUGUACCAGGAGGGGAAACCUGUGGACUACUUCGUGCUGAUCCUGGAAGGUCGUGUGGAGGUGACGGUGGGCCAGGAGAACUUGGUGUUCGAAGCUGGGCCCUUCACGUACUUCGGAGUUCAAGCCUUGACCCAGAACGUGGGGUUGGCUGAAAACCCGACGCCGUCCAACCUGGGCUCCCUCCAGAACCUGAACAUGGACUCCAUGCUGCGUCACACCUUCGUGCCGGAUUACUCUGUCCGCGCCAUCGCUGAAUUAUACUACCUUACUAUCAAGAGAAAUAUGUAUUUGGCAGCUAAACGCGCUACGCUGAUGGAGAAGGGAGCCUUGAACAAGGGUGGGACUAAUGAGCAGAUUGAACCGGAAGUUGAUAAGCUUCUGAGUGAAGGUGGAGAUAAGAUACUGGAGGAGAUCAGGGAACCAGAGAAACCCCCACGGCAGUCCCCGGAACCAAGAGAUAGAUAUUAAAGUUCGUCCCAACAUCUGCCAGUCUUCUUACCAAUGCGACUUUCAAAACGCCGGAGAAGCCGACCCAUCCGGAAGAAGAGAAGCUACUGAAAAAGUAGUUUUUUUUUAUAUUUAAUGGCAACACUGCUAUGACAACUUGGCAGAAUGACCUCGCGCCAUUGCCGCUAAUUUAAGAAAACUGCGUAGCAUGAACAACAAUUAUUUUGAAAUAAGAAUAUAAGCAGAAGUAUUUUCAAUGUUUUUUAUAAUUAUAUAUUUAUUGCAUUGCAUUCGUCCACCCAAUGAAUUAAAAAAAAAUCCAAGAAAGAAAGAAAGAAAUCGUUUAUUUGUCCAAAAUGGAGUAUAAAUUCAAAAAAUUACACUUACAGGCAGGCGUCAAUAAAAAUAAAAUUAUGAAAUAUACAAAGUGUUACAAAUUAUUAGCAUGUUAUUUGCAGUUGUUACUAUAGUGUUUUAUUAGGGUUAGUAUUAAAAGCAUUUUGUGUUUAUUUAGUACGUAAAUUUACCUAUAUAUGUACUACCUAUAGUGCAACACUGCCUUGUUAAUUUGAACUGUUAUGUUGAGAUUGGCCGGUCAAAGUGAUUAAAACAAUUACACUGGAUGUAUGGUAAAAUGUACGAUUGUUGUACCCAACUCAGUAAAAAAAUAAUGUCAUAUUUCGAUAUUUUUAAUCAUAGGUACCAAUUAAAGGCAAAGGUCUUUUUCUGUAACAUCAAAUACAUUAUCUUAAAUAAUAUUUUUUUUUAAAUUAGAUAGUAUCUUUUUUUGCCAAUAUUUUUUGUAAAGCUGGGAGGUUCGGCAAAAAGAAUUAUCGCAAUGUGUUAAAACCUGUAAUAAUAGAUUGAAAACAAAAACCAUUUCUCUCAAAAAAAUGGUCGAAUUUUGAACCUCCUCCUUUUUUGAAGUAGUCUAAAGGCAAUGACGCGGAUUAAUUACUAGAAAAUAAAAUCGGAACUUUCCUGCGAUGUGCUUUCAUUUUUUUCUUGAUUUUUUUUUUUACCUUUUGAAGAUUUAGAAAGUGACAAGUUCUAGUAAAUUUCAAAAAUUUUAUUAUUCGCGCGAGAAAAUAAAGAGCUGGCACACAAAAUGUUAUUCCCAUUACAUACCUUGGAGAAAUACCUACCGAAAUUUAAUUUGACCGGACAAUCUUUAAACUUAACAUUAAACUUUAGUGUUUAUAAAUUGUUUUAUGGGCGAUGGCGUAGUAUAGACUGCCUCAAAAAUUCUAGACAAAAAAUAAAGGAAUAUAAUUUGACAUGAAAUACUUAAGAUAUACGGAAUGUAACAAAAACGGUAGGUACUUUGUUCGACAGUAAAAACGGUGUUAACAAUAUAAGCUUAAUAUAAAAAAAUAAGUAAAUACGUUUAUAUUUUUUUUUAUUAAUUGACGGAGACUGUUUUUUUUUUUAAUAAAAGAAACGUUUUAUUUGGUAUUUUUUUAUUAAUUGAUGGUUACUGUUUUUGUUACAGAAAAACAAAAUUACCUAUGCAUCUCUGAUCUCCUAAAAUUUAUCUAAUUGUUUACAUUCUGUAUGAAUUCGAGCUUACAAUACGAAAUUAAAUGGUCUUUGUGUCAAUAUUUCCAAGAUAGAAGAUACCUUCACUAUACAAUGAAGUAACUGAAAUGAA